AAAGGCUCCUGCUAAGAAUCAGGAUGUUUCAUUUUCCUCUUACUGGUGGGCUUGCUGUGGCUGGUCUGGGAAGGCUGAGCCCUGGUCCAGACCCUUGUGGACAGUGAGUCUCUCGCCAUGGCAGCCUGCUGCAGCUGGAAUGAUGUUUUCCAGUAUGAGACAAACAAAGUUACCCGGAUCCAGAGCAUGAAUUAUGGCACCAUUAAGUGGAUCUUCCACAUGAUCGUCUUUUCCUACGUUAGGGAAACUCCUUCUUCGUGAUGACAAACUUCCUCAAGACAGAAGGCCAACAGCAGGGGUUAUGUCCUGAGUUUCCCACCCGCAGGACACUCUGUUCCUCUGACUUGGGCUGUAAAAAGGGACGGGUGGACCCGCAGAGCAAAGGGAUCCAGACCGGAAGGUGUGUAGAGUAUAAAGGGAAGCUGAAGACCUGUGAAGUCUCCGCCUGGUGUCCCAUCGAGGCAGCGAAAGAGCCCCCCCGGCCUGCGCUCUUGAACAUUGCCGAAAACUUCACAGUGCUCAUCAAAAAUAACAUUGACUUCCCUGGCCACAACUACACCACGAGAAACAUCUUGCCGGGUGUAAACAUCACUUGUACCUUUCACAAGACUCAGGAUCCACAGUGUCCCAUCUUCCGACUAGGAGAUAUCUUCCGAGAAGUAGGAGAUAAUUUUUCAGAUGCUGCAAUUCAGGGAGGAAUCAUGGGCAUUGAGAUCUACUGGGACUGCAACUUGGACAGCUGGUUCCAUCGCUGCCAUCCAAAAUACAGUUUCCGUCGCCUUGACGACAAGACCACCAAUGAGUCCUUGUAUCCUGGCUACAACUUCAGAUAUGCCAAGUACUAUAAGGAAAACAACGUUGAAAAACGGACUCUGAUAAAAGUCUUUGGGAUCCGUUUUGACAUCCUGGUUUUUGGCACCGGAGGGAAAUUUGACAUUAUCCAGCUGGUCGUGUACAUUGGCUCAACCCUCUCCUACUUUGGUUUGGCCACUCUGUUCAUUGACUUUCUCAUCAACACUUACUCGAGUAAAUGCUGCCGAUCCCACAUUUAUCCAUGUUUCAAGUGCUGCGAAUGCUGUGCAGUCAAUGAAUACUACUACCGGAAGAAGUGUGAGACCAUCGUGGAGCCCAAGGCGACAUUAAAAUAUGUGUCCUUUGUGGAUGAAUCCCACAUUAGAAUGGUGGACCAGAAGCUACUUGGGAGAAGUCUGCAAGGUGUCAAAGGUGAAAAAAUCCCAAGACCCUCAACGGACUUCACAGACUUGUCCAGGCUGCCCAUGUCUCUCUGUGACCCACCCCCUAUACCUGGACAGCCGGAGGAGAUGCAGCUGUUAAGUGAAGUGACUCCUAGAUUCGGCGACAGCCCUGCCUGGUGCCAGUGUGGACACUGCCUCCCGUCCCAACUCCCUGAGAGCCACAGGUGCCUGGAGGAGCUGUGCUGUCGGAAAAAGGCUGGCGCCUGCAUCACCACCUCAGAGCCAUUCAGGAAGCUCGUCUUGUCCCGGCGCGUCCUGCGGUUCCUUCUGCUCUACCAGGAGCCCUUGCUGGCGCUGGACGAAAACGCCAACAGCCAGCUGCGGCACUGUGCCUACAGGUGCUACACCACCUGGCGCUUCGGCUCCCAGGACCUCGCUGACUUUGCCAUCCUGCCCAGCUGCUGCCGCUGGAGGAUCCGGAGAGAGUUUCCCAAGAGUGAAGGCCAGUACAGUGGCUUCAAGAGUCCUUACUGAAGGCACGGGGCUGAGCAGUCAUGUGAACAUGACCUUUGUUUGCAACCUGAGCUUGACCUGCAAAGAUCUGUGGCCAAAUUUUCAGCCAAAGGGAAAUGUGUUUUCCUCUCCUGCAGCUCUAUGUGUGUCAGAGAGCAGACCGAACAAAUAGGCACAUAAGCCAGAACCCCUCAGCAUGGACCGAGUCAAGAAAUUCAGAUUGAUGUCUCAGUUCUGUCACUGGGAAGUUGUGUGAUCCUAGGCCUUUAACCUCUGUUCCUCGUUGCCCUAUUACCCAACCUAUCUCACAGAGAUACUGGGAGGACAAAUUGGGAGAGUGUACAUGAACUUUCUUGUUCAUGCACAAAGAGCUACAUGAAUGCAGAGCCUCCUUAUGAGGCCAGAGUGGGAUAAUGGACAACUACGAACAAACCCUAACAAACCGUUUGGGUGCUGGUUGGAAAAUGUGGAUGAUUAAAAGUGGCCACAAAUUCUUCGGCGCUGAUGCCUCAGAACCUGAGGGUUAUGUCUCCUCCCCUUGCAUCUGGGCAGCUCUGAUUGCUUUAUCCAGUACUACAAGUAACGCUGUGCCAGCUUUGGGGUCUUGGUCUUGAGGCUGACAGGAAGCUUCCGCUUCCUGUCCCUUGACACAUCUGCUGUGAAGGAAGCUAGCCCCGGUAUACACGUCCAUCCUGAGACCACCCUAUUGUGAGGAAGCGCAAGUGGCCACAUGGAGAAUAGAGAUACCUGACCAGUCCCCAGCUUUCAGGCCUUCCAAACCCACUCACUAGACAUGGGAAAGAAGCAUUCAGGUCAUUCCACACCCUGCUCACAUAUUACUGCAAUUGCAUGAGACGCUUCCCAGGGAACCCACAGAACAAAAUUGUUGCUGUUCUUUUUGUCUUAACGUUUAUUUAUUUUGAGAGAGAGAGUGAGCACGUGCAAGCGGAGGACAGGCAGAGAGAGAAGGAGAGAGAAUCCUAAGCCGGCUCUGCACUGUCAGCACAGAGCCUGACGGGGGCUCAGUCCAACGAGCCAUGAGAUCACGACCUGAGCUGGAAUCGAGUCAGACGCUUCACCGACUGAGCCACCCAGGCACCCACGGAACUGUUGUCUUAAGCCACUAAAUUUGGGUUGUUUGUUACACAGCAACAGAUGACUGGGACAGAGAGCAAGCCUGACUCACUGGAACAGAGGCUCAGCCUAUACCUGGACCACCACAGAAGUCCCUUAGGGGCUUAGGUGUCUGUUCAGCAAUUCUAUCGGGGCUGCAGACCAAAUCAGGUAACCCACCAGACCAGCUCUGGAAUCCAUCCGAUCUCACUGCUGAGCUACCCAAUACGUUCUAAUCCACAUCCUACUUCUAUGACUGGAAGUAGCUACUGCUGUUAAAAACUAGAAAAGGCCACGUUUAUGCCUUUAACGUUCUGUACUUUGCAGACAAUUAGAAUGGAUGAGGUUUGGAUGCUCCUUCAAAAGUAACUCACACCCAAACCUUUACCAUUUCUAUAUGUCAACUGCUAAGAAUAUGAAAAUGGAGAGUCAGGAGGUUUUAGGAUCCUCCUUCAGGAUUUCCUUUUCACGGUUUUGGCACUGGAAUUGAUUAUUUCUAAACAACUAUUUUAAAGAAUAAAUAGAGACCACUAUUCAACACUGUGAGUGAUGAAGGAUCUGUGAUUUUUUAGCACAUAUUCCAAGAUUUGCCAUUUAGAUACUUUUUUGAAAACCAGAUGCUUUCUACUGUAUUAAUGUAAAUCAAAUAUGAACAAGACACUUUUUUUUUUGACCCAGGAUUUUAUCUGGCUUUAAACUCAGGAAUAAGCUAGGCCAGACUGAACUUUCAUUUUUGCUACUGUUCAGAGGUAGUAGAUAGGACUUCUUAUAUAUAUGAGAUCUUUUUGAAAAGUGAAUGAUACAUUACUUCUUCGGAAUUUAAACUUUUACUCCUAGUAUUCUAUGUAAGAGCUACAGACCUCCAUUCUGACAGCCUCUGAGCCUUUAUACUUUUUUUCGGGUUUUUUUGUUUUUGUUUUUGUUUUUGUUUCUGGUGCCUUCUCCCUGGUUUCUAUCACCUCUGGAGGUCCCAAAUGGAGUCAGAAUGUGGAAUGACAGGUAGUCACUGGAUCCACCUACUAUUCUCCUCUGCCUUCCUCACAGAUGCUUUAGGUGAGAGAGUGAUGUGUUAUGCCAACCGUGUGUGAAAUGUCUGACACUUCCUGCAAUAAUAUGCACCACAUUUGUAACUUGUUUUUAGCCUACUGCAUAAAGUAAUGUCAUCAGCAAAGGCAUCCCAAGGAGAAUCACGCUUUGUAGGGACUGUUUCCUUGGACUUACUUCCAUUAUUCUAUAUGGUAAUUGCCGGGUAGUCACUGUUUCCUGUCUGUGUUCAUGCUUUUUUUGUAAACGUUGACAGAUUUCAUGUAGCAUUGGUAACGAACUUGCAUUCCUCUCUUCAGAGGGCACAAGUCUUUGAACACUUCCUAAUUCUAGCUUGGCAAUGUACUUGUCUUAACUAGACUGUUUUGAUAAUAAAAAGUAAUGUAUAAUUUAUGAUAA